CGCAUCUGUGUGUCGCCUGUCGUUCAGUUGCCUACCUUGGCUAAGUGGUUAUGUCGGUGAUCUAUCCGAGACACGGGUCCUUGGCUGCUAUCAACGAAAAACAGUGAGACAUUUGUCAAGAGGCCCGUUUUUUUGCAAAUGUUGUCGUGGCAUUUUCAAAAGCUAACUUUCUAUAAACAUCACAGUAAUGUGUGAAGCUACUUUUGGCAUCUUGGAUAUUGAAGCAUUACAAACUGGACCUCUGCAGUAGGUAUUCCAGUCCACCAAUCCAUGGACUGAGUGGUGGAAGGCCAACUUUACGCCAGUGAUUCCACACAAGGCAGGUUCCAAAGUUUUUUUGUCAAAAGUUUGGGUAAAAAUGGCAUCAAGAUCGCAGGAAAUUCUGAACGAUGGACGCUUCAGUCAGGUGAUGACGGACCCCAGGUUCUGGGAAAUGCCCGAUAAGGAACGCAAGAUCAAGAUUGAUAAAAGAUUUCAGGGAAUGUUUCACGACAAGAAGUUCAAACUGAAUUACACAAUGGAUAAGAGAGGAAGGCCAAUCAACCACAGUACCACAGAGGACCUGAAGCGAUUUUAUGACUUGGACUCCGACGACUCUGACCUGGGUGAAAGCGAAGGCAAAAAGAAGAAAAGGAAAGGGAUGGGGAAAAAAUUGAAACAGAAAGAAAAAAGCGGUCCUGACGUAGAUGCAAAAGACAGCUCAUUUGUCAAAAAGAAGAGAAAGCAGGAGAGAUUUUUAAAGUCUGAUGUGGGUGGGGUGGCAAGACAAAAAACAGGGAAAGAAUUGGAAACUGAGGAGUUGAUUGACGAUCUUGUUCAAGUCUCUAACAAGACUCCUGUUAAAAAGGAAAAGCUUAAAAGUACAGCAGGUGAAGUGGGCAUAAUAAAAGAUGAUAGUUCUAAAAGCAGCGAUGAAGAAAUGGAGCAAACGAGUGCAAAGCAACAGAAAUCUAUUUCCACCCAGAAGAAACAAAUGAAGAAAGUUAUCAACAGAAAUCAAGAUAAAAUGAAACAAUUAGAUGCAAGGAUUCAAGAAAGUAGUUUGACAAGUCUGAAAACUUCAGAAGAUGAAAUUGAAUUAGAAAGCAAUGGCACCUGUCAAGGUGACAGUGAUCACGCCGAAGACAGCUGGUUUGAGCAAGAAUCUUCAGGGUCAGGUAGCCAGAGCCAGGAGGAGGAAGAUGAAGAAACAGGAAACAGUGAAGAUGAUGAGGAAUUAACCACGGAAGACAGUGACAGUGGGCCAGACUUAGCCAGAGGGAAAGGGAAUGUUGAAACAAGCUCUGAUGAAGAUGAAUAUCUUGACCUAUCAUCAAAGGACCCAGAAAUUGAACAUGGCUGGGGAGAGCUGGCUCAGGAUGCUCCACGUGGAGAUACGGUGUCUCGACGAUUAGCAGUUUGCAACAUUGACUGGGAUAAAAUAAAAGCAAAUGACCUGUUGGUGUUAUUUAAUUCUUUCAUCCCUCAAGGAGGUGCUGUGUUGUCUGUGAAGAUCUACCCGUCAGAAUUUGGAAAGAAAAAGAUGAAAGAAGAGGAAUUGUGUGGACCUGUAGAGUUGCUAGACAAAAAUUUACCAGAAGAUGCUGAUGAAGACACUGAAGAACAAAGAGUUAUCAGGGAAAAAGUGCGAGAGCACCAAUUCAAACGGCUGAAGUAUUACUAUGCAGUGGUGGACUGUGAUUCUCCUGAAACUGCGAAUAAGCUUUAUGAAGAAUGUGAUGGGAUGGAGUUUGAGAGCAGCUGUUCUUUUCUGGAUCUCAGGUUUAUCCCAGAUGAACUAACAUUUGAAGAUGAGCCAAAGGAUGUUGCUGCAGAUGUGGAUUUGGCAGCAUACAAACCAAAAUAUUUCACAUCAACAGCACUCGGCACAUCAAAGGCGGAGCUGACAUGGGAUGAGACUGACCAUGAGCGUGUCACUACCUUGACGAAACGAUUUAAAAAGGAUGAGAUUGAGGAAAUGGAUUUCAAAGCAUACUUAGCUUCUUCGAGUGAGGAAGAUGAAGAAGCAGAUGUGGAGGAAGAAAAGGAGCAAGAGCAAGACAGUGACUUAAAAAGUGUGGCAGAAAGUAAAAUGACAAGUAAGGCAAAGAAGGACACUGAAGAACAGAUUUCAAAAUACAGAGAGCUAUUGAAAAAUAUACAAGGAAAGGAAGAAAGAAAUAAAGACAUGGAGAUGGAGAUCACCUGGAUUCCUGGUCUAAAAGAAACAACAGAAGCAAUUGUAAAGAAGAAACUGGAGAGAGGUAACGUACUGACGCCAUGGGAACAGUACUUGGAAAAGAGAAAGGACAAGAAGCAACAGAAGAGAAAGCAAAAGAACAAUAAUGAAGAUCAGGAGGUUAAAAAUGCUGAGAGACUAAGUGAUGAUGAGGUUCCAUCAGAUGUAGAUUUGAAUGAUUCUUUCUUCACAGAUGAACUGGGGCAGUCAGCAUUGCAGCAAAAGAAAAUGCACAAAAAGAUCAAAAAGUCAAUGGAUAAACCACUGACACCAGAGGAGGGUGAUUUAGAAAAGGAAAAGGCAAAAAUGGCCUUGCUUAUGAUGGACGAUGAAGAGGAAGACCGAAGACACUUCAAUUAUGACAAAAUAGUAGAACAGCAGAAUCUUAGCAAGAAGAAAAAGAAGAAAUUAAUUAAAAAGCAGGGACUCCUGAAAGAAGACAAUUUCCAGGUGGAUGUUGCUGACCCAAGGUUUCAAGCCAUAUACACUUCACACCUCUUUAACCUGGACCCUUCAGAUCCUGGUUUUAAGAAGACUAAUGCCACACAGUCAAUCUUGGAAGAAAAGUCCAGGCAAAGACAAGAGCAGCAGAAGCAGGCAGCAUCACUCAAUAGGAAAGAGAGAGAGGUUACUGGAGAAGAAACAAUGACAGCUGUGAAGAAACCCGUAGAUCAUGCACUUUCUUUGCUUGUAAAAUCAGUGAAAGCAAAAGCAGAACAAUUUCAGGCUCGAAAGAAACAAAAAACUAUGUAAUAGAAUCUGUGUGUAAAAAAGAAAAUUCAUUCAAAUUUUUGCAAAUAUACUUAAGUUUUGAUCGCUAACAAUGUACGUAUACAUCACUGGAAAUAAGCUUACUAAAAUAAGUUGUUCAGAUAGUUUUAAAUACUUCUCUCCUAGGUUUAAUGUAUCUCCAGGACUAAUAUCAUUAAUGUUAACUAGAAUAAUGUCUUUUACCAAUAGCUGUAUUUGAAUUAAAUUCUUCUGUCCACUGCUGGAACCCAAAA